CAUCGUUAAGCUGUCAUUUAUCCGAUACCUCUCAAUAAAUUUCAAGAUAAAAAUAUUACAAUAAACAUUUUUGUAAUAUCUACAAAGUACACACAACCAUUAAAGUGGCGUAGUUCAAGAAAAAAUGUCGCAGUUUGAAGAUAAUCCUUUCAGUGACCCAACCAUAGACAAUCCCUUUGCGGACCCAGCGGUGCAGCAAGUAGCUAGGAACACAAACAAUGCGACUCGUGGACUCGACGACUACAACCCUUUUGACGGCCAGCAAAAUGCGAACCAAGCAGUGCCAGCGCAGCAGCCGACACAACCAGCAAUCAUGCAAGCAGUGUCCCCGCGAGGGGGCGGUAACAAUUGGAACCCACCCCAGCCCCAGCAGCAAGGCCCACCUGCCGAAUUUACCACAGCUGAUUUUCAAAAGCGACAAGAAGAAUUGGAACGCAAGGCUGAGGAGUUAGCGAGGCGCGAAGCUGAGCUCCGGGCAGGCUCAGCUGGCAGACGGAACAACUGGCCACCCCUGCCAGCCUUCUGUCCCGUACAGCCAUGCUUCUACCAGGACAUAAACGUGGACAUACCGCUCGAGUUCCAGAGGAUCGUCCGGCACCUGUACCAUCUUUGGAUGUUCCAAUCCCUGGUUCUGGCGCUAAACAUAGUAGGAGGUAUAGCGAUGAUGUUCGCCGGAGGUGGCUUCACAGUGUUCGGACUGGCUGUACUAUACUUCAUCCUGCUGACACCGUUCAGCUUCGUAUGCUGGUACAGACCCAUAUACAAGGCCUUCCGGAGUGAUUCCUCGUUCAAUUUCAUGGUGUUCUUCUUCAUAUUCCUCUUCCAAAUGCUGAUAACUCUGGUCCAGAGCAUCGGAUUCAGCGGUGGAGGCUCUUGCGGUCUGAUCACCAGCAUUGGAGCGUUCAAGGAGAACAUUGGGGCUGGCAUCAUCACCCUCAUGGUGACAAUUGGCUUCAUCACUUGUUUGGUUGCUGACGUCAUGCUUAUGACAAAGGUGCACCGCAUCUACCGAUCGACGGGCGCGUCGCUGGCGAAGGCGCAGGCGGAGUUCACCACGGAGAUCCUGCGCAGCCCGCACGUCCAGACGGCCGCCAGCCAGGCCGCCGCCGCAGCCGUCAACGCGCAGAUCGCCGGCGACCGUUACUGAGUGAAAAACGAUCAAAAUCAACACAGCAUCAUGUACGGCAUUUAUUGAAAUAGAACAAAGAGAGAGAUAACAUGAUUACUUUAACCCAGAUUGGCAAGUAGGUAUAAUAUAUUUUGGCACAAUCGCCAUAUUGAAAACGAUGUUUUAAUCACUUCGUAUAUACUGCUGUAUCUUGCAUGGAUGUUAUUGUUCUAGCAGAGUAAAAGAUUGAUUAAUGUAAGUUUUGUGUGUCAAAGGAAGUGUUCAAAUCAUUGCACUUCUGUCAAUUAUUCAUAUAUUAGCGGACCCCUACACGAUAAGUUUAUUGUGCAAUAUCACGUAUUGCGUAACAUUAUUAACCGUCCAGGGUUGAUAUUGAAUAUCGCGCG